AUGGGUAAUUGCUGCGGAACGGCGGGAUCGUUGGCUCAAAACGAGAACAAGCCGAAAAAAGGAAGGAAGAAGCAAAACCCAUUCUCGAUCGAUUACGGCCUCCACCACGGCGGUGGAGGCGGAGGAGGAGGAGCUCUCAAGCUCAUCGUCCUCAAAGACCCAACGGGUCGCGAGAUCGAGCAGAAAUACACACUGGGCCGAGAGCUAGGCCGCGGCGAAUUCGGCGUCACGUAUCUCUGCACCGACAAAGAAUCCGGCGAGGUUUUCGCCUGCAAAUCGAUUCUGAAGAAGAAGCUGAGGACUGCUGUGGAUAUAGAGGACGUUAGGAGAGAGGUUGAGAUCAUGAGGCAUAUGCCUGAGCACCCAAAUGUCGUAACUUUGAAGGAGACUUACGAGGAUGAGCACGCCGUGCAUUUGGUUAUGGAGCUUUGUGAAGGUGGUGAGUUGUUUGAUAGGAUUGUUGCGAGAGGGCAUUACACCGAGAGAGCUGCUGCUGCUGUGACUAAAACCAUCAUGGAAGUUGUUCAGGUGUGUCAUAAGCAUGGGGUAAUGCAUAGGGAUCUGAAACCAGAGAACUUUUUGUUUGGAAACAAGAAGGAGAGUGCACCUUUAAAGGCGAUUGAUUUCGGGCUCUCUGUCUUCUUUAAACCAGGGGAGAGAUUUAACGAGAUUGUUGGGAGUCCUUACUACAUGGCUCCUGAGGUGCUAAAACGUAACUACGGGCCAGAAGUUGACAUUUGGAGCGCUGGUGUCAUUCUUUACAUUCUCCUCUGUGGUGUCCCUCCUUUCUGGGCAGAAACCGAACAAGGAGUUGCACAAGCAAUUAUUCGAUCUCAACUGGAUUUCAGAAGAGAUCCUUGGCCAAAGGUUUCUGAAAACGCUAAAGACCUUAUCAGGAAAAUGCUUGAUCCUGACCAAAAGCGUCGUCUUACAGCUCAGCAAGUGCUAGAUCAUUCGUGGUUACAGAAUGCAAAGACAGCUCCUAAUGUACCAUUGGGUGAAACAGUGAGAGCAAGGCUGAAGCAGUUCACCGUUAUGAACAAGCUCAAGAAACGAGCACUCAGGGUUAUCGCUGAGCAUUUAUCAGAUGAAGAGGCUUCAGGUAUAAGAGAAGGGUUCCAAAUAAUGGACACAAGCCAGAGAGGGAAGAUUAACAUCGACGAGCUUAAAGUCGGAUUGCAGAAACUUGGUCAUGCCGUUCCCCAAGAUGAUUUACAAAUUUUGAUGGAAGCUGGAGAUAUCGAUAAAGAUGGUUAUUUGGACUGUGACGAGUUCAUUGCCAUUUCAGUGCAUCUCAGGAAAAUGGGCAACGACGAGCAUCUCAAGAAAGCGUUUGCCUUCUUCGAUCAAGACAAUAACGGAUAUAUCGAAAUAGAGGAGUUAAGGGUAGCUUUAUCUGAUGAAGUUGGUACCAGUGAAGAAGUUGUUGAUGCCAUUAUUCGUGAUGUUGAUACCGAUAAGGAUGGGAAAAUAAGUUACGAGGAGUUUGUGACAAUGAUGAAAACAGGAACUGAUUGGAGAAAGGCUUCGAGGCAGUACUCAAGGGAACGGUUUAACAGUAUCAGUCUCAAACUGAUGCAAGAUGCGUCGUUGCAGGUCAAUGGUGAUACUACAAGAUGA